CAAUAAACUGAGCCGUCAAUGUAAACAACAAUAUCAGCGGCUGCACUCAUUUGUUACUUUCUAGCGCUGUCAUUGAUAAACAAUGGUUUCUUACUUUCUCUUGGAAAUUGAGGAAAGUUAUAGACGUUUUUGACUAGAAUGCCCGCAAAAUAUAAAGGAUUUGAGUUUUACGAGAAGGUUUUAAAAAAACCACGUUAUAUAGUUGCACCAAUGGUCGACCAAUCAGAGUUACCUUGGCGUAUUUUAAGUCGAAGACAUGGAGCUCAGUUAUGUUAUACACCCAUGUAUCACGCUUCUGUGUUUUUGAGAGAAGCUCAUUACCGUAAAGCUGCUUUAGCAAGUUGUGAAGAGGAUAGACCACUGAUAGUACAGUUCUGUGCAAAUGAUCCAGAAACCUUUUUAAAUGCUGCACUUUUGGCUCAGCCUCACUGCGAUGCAAUUGACUUGAAUCUGGGUUGUCCACAAGGAAUAGCAAGGCGAGGUCAUUAUGGCUUUUUACAGGAUGAAUGGGAACUUAUACGAAAAAUUGUCAGUUUGGCGGCAGACAAGUUGUCCAUUCCAAUCACCUGUAAAAUUCGUAUAUUUGAGGACAUCCAAAAGACUUUAGAUUAUGCCAAGAUGCUUGAAGAAGCGGGAUGCCAGCUACUUACAGUUCAUGGAAGAACUAGAGAACAAAAGAAGGAAUUAAGUGGUUUAGCGAGUUGGGACCACAUCAAAGCUGUUAAAGAGCAUUUAUCCAUUCCAGUGUUUGCCAAUGGUAAUAUUUUGUACUUUGAAGAUAUACAAAAAUGUUUAGACUAUACUGGAGCUGAUGGUGUUAUGACAGCGGAAGGCAAUCUUCGUAAUCCGUCUCUUUUUACUGGUAAUGAACCUCCAGCAUGGGAAGUAACUGCAGAAUACCUUGAGCUAGUUGAUAUGUAUCCUUGUGCAUUAUCUUCUGUCAGAGCACAUUUAUUUAGAAUGUGGCAUCAUGGUUUAUGUGUUCACACUGAUAUCAGAGAAAGAUUAAGCAAGGCUGGAACAUUAGAGGAAAUGAAAGUUAUAAAUGAUGAUCUCAAGAAGUUAGCUCAACUAGAAAGUAAAGAAACUACCAUUUCUCCUGGGAAACAUAAUUAUUGGAUUUGUCAGCCAUAUAUAAGAACAAAUGAGAAAAAGCCAGAGAAAAAACAAGAAGAAAUAAAAGAUGGUUUGAGUAAAACACAACUGAAACGAAUGCUAAAAAAGCAAAGAAAACUUGAGCAACGAGAGCAGAGGAAACAAUCUCCAACAACAGUGUCGUUUAAAUGGGACAGAUGUGAAAAAUGUUCAGUGAAUCCAAAGGGGAGGAAAUGCUUGUUCAAAUUAUGUCGUGCAUGUUGUCGAGAGAAAACAUUUAUAGAGCAUCUAAGUUGCCGUAGUCAUCGGUUCAAAUGCAACAAACGUUCAUCUGAAGUUUCAGAAAUGAUGACUGAACAUAUACACAUAAACAUUAACACUAAAAUUGAUGGAGACAAUGAAGAUUGUUUUAUGGAAAGUGUGAAAUAAUAAUUUAAUUUUCUUGGACAUAUUUAUAACAUUGUAGUUACUUAACUGUGUACAAACAACACUUGUGUCAAAAUA